UGAGUGUUGGAGUUCUUGAAUUUUGUAGAUCUACCCAGCAAGAACGAGAAAGUUUGUUCCAUCUAGUGCUGUGUUCCUGAAAUUUUGAUCGAAAGAAGAACUCCCCGGGGCUUCUUUAUGAUCCGAGCAUACCAUCUACCGGCAUACCACUAGUGCUUACAUGCGUUUGCCAUCAAGUUAGAGCUGAGCCUUACUUCUUUUUCAUCGCAUUCAUUUCAUCAAAGUAUAAGGUCCUGAGAAUUUGAUCACAGAAAAGAUCAGAGAAGUUGGAUCACUGCUGCUGCUGCUGCUUUCCUACUGGAAUCGGAUUGUCCACAUGGCUGGAUUUCUUCCCAGCAAAUGCAAUAACAUGCGGAAUCUGCCCGGACGCAUUGUCAAAUAGUUUCUUCCGUGAAAUCCCCAGCGUGUGCGUCCUGUGUGUGCAUGUGUGCAUUCUGCUAUACUGUGGCUCUAUCCAUUAGCAGUUGCGGAGUACAUGUACAUGUAGUGCAUGCUGUGGGCUGGUGAUCAUGGCUGCAUUUCAGAGCUUAGUAGAUGAGAGGUGCGAGUACCUACGGUCUUAUGAGCCACCCAGCAUGAAGACGGAUGCAACGGACCCGAUGACGGGCGAGCUGCGUGUUAUCCCUAUCGUUAACUCAGUCAAUGUGAUAUUUGUUGGGCCGGUGGGCUCCGGGAAAUCUUCGUUGAUCGGUAGCCUGUGCCGAGCAAUAUCCGACUGGCCAGAUUUCCCCGACACGGUGAAGAAGAGCCUGCGCAAGGAGCCGACUGGCGGUACCAUUGCGUUCUCGCCCCAGCCGGAGACUUCAGCAGACAGCACUCCUAGCUCCAGUACGGACGAUCACGGGACGCUGGCGUUUGUGGAGACUAAAGCCAACGAGAAAGGCACGAUUAUCCUCCAAGACACAAAGGGAGACCAGGACUACGAUCACAGUGAGAGAAUCGUCCACGCACAUGAAAUGCAGGGCUACUUCCGUGACGGCUCUCGCAUCGGUCUUCACAACGCCCUGUCCGGCUCCUGGUGGCAGCAGCGCUUCGCCUGGCAAAGAACAAUAAAUCACAUGCCGCACGGUGUUGUCUUUGUCUUCAAUGGCAACCAGGUUCCGUUCUUUGCCGGCGAGAGCCGCGAUUUCUUCAUCCGUGUCUUUGCUGACUGCAAGAAGGCUGGUUAUGAACCAAUGGUCGUCUUGACAUUUCUCGACCAAAUACACGAGCGCUGUCGCAUGGAGGGUCGCAAUUUUGAAGUUGUCAAGCAAGAGAAGGUCGACAUUAUUCUCGCUGCUUUCGACCGCUUCAACCUUCCAGCCAAUCACGUGAUGCUCGUGACAAACUUCCACGACAAUUCCACUGGCCGCUUCUGGUCGCCUGACGAUGGCGAGGAGCAGUUCCGCGUUGCCAAUCGUCAGUUCAUUGAUAUGGGCCGCGAGGUCGUCAAGCUCUGUGAGCGUUUCCUGGAGGCCAAAUAUCACACUCCGUGCAUUCUGUUAUGAGCGCACCUUUCUGCCACCGCAUGCGUUUUGCUGGUCAAAAUUGCCUUGAACUUCUUCCAUCUUCUUUUUUUUGCAUCGUUUGCUAAAUCCCUUCUAUUUUUCCGUUUUUUUAUUACCUCCCAUGCGUUAGUGGCAUACGAACAGUACUCCAUUGUUUUUGUCAAACGGUGUGUACAUACAUGUAAAUGUAGUCAAACUGUAUUUCCAAGUGAUGUCAUAAUUAUGCUUUACAGUGUAGAGUAUUUUUUUCACUGCUAACACGACAUCGUCAUAUUAUUUUCCUAGUCAACUGGAUUUUUCCUAGAAUCUUACUUUUUCUUGCUUGUAGAAACGUGGAAGCCCGCUGUAAAUUCAUGCCACAAAGCUGUAAAUAUGACCACGUUCGUUCUCUUUCCUACCAUUCCUCCCAUUAACCCCUCUCUGGUAGAUAAUGCAGCAAUUAUGAACAAUGUACGUUCGGUGAGCGAAUUGCUAUAAACUUUGUUGAGCUAAUAGUUUGACAGUUUCUA